AGAUGUUUUGAGGAGGAAAAACAGAGGGGACGUCGAUUUCUUAAUGAUGACGUCGUGACAACGCGCACGAGACAGGAGCCUCCCCCCCAGCUUGGCUGCGGUGAAAUAAACAUGACGAUGUUGACAAUUACGAUGGAUUUAAUGGAGCAGUCCUAGAAACCACAGCGUUCGACACAACUUGGAGUUCAAACAGUGUCGAAGAGAUUCCCGGCAAGUGUCUCGAACGCGGACAAACUACAGUUUUAACGAGUGGAGAGAAAGCUCAGUGCAGAAAUGCCUCUGCUAUUUCUGGAGAGGUUCCCUUGGCCCAGUCUGCAGACCUACGCGGUGUUGACCGCGGUUCUGCUGGCUGGUAGCAUCUUCAGUGCCUACACCACUGUAACAGAUCCUGGCUUUGCGUCUUUGGAAGCAGAUGAAACCCCAACGCCCACGGACGUGGAACUAGAAGACUUGAAUCGUGAUAUUAGUAACACUGAACUGGCAACAACUGUCUUGUGGUAUCUGGUCACUGACAGCCUCUUUGUAUGGGUGCUAGUCAACACAUUCUGCUGCUCUUUAAUGUUAAUCGCAAAAAUGAUCCAGUAUGUGGUGUUUGGCCCCCUCAGAGUCAGUGAAAAACAGCACCUAAAAGACAAAUUCUGGAACUUCAUCUUCUACAAGUUUAUAUUCAUCUUUGGCGUGCUGAACGUGCAGACAGUAGAGGAGGUGGUCAUGUGGUGUCUGUGGUUCUCAGCACUGGUCUUUCUUCACCUCAUGGUACAGCUCUGCAAGGACCGAUUUGAAUAUCUGUCCUUCUCACCCUCCACUCCCAUGAACAGCCAUGUGCGCGUCAUGUGUCUACUUGUCACUCUUCUGCUAGACUGCUGUGGUCUGGCAGUAGUCUGUGGUCUGCUGGGGGCAUCCCAUGGAAUGCACACCCUCUCUUUCAUGGCUGCAGAGUGUCUGAUGGUGACCGUUCGCACAGGCCAUGUCAUUAUGAGGUACUCCAUUCACCUGUGGGACCUAAACCACCCAGGAACAUGGGAGAGUAAAGGAACUUACGUCUACUACGCAGACUUCAUCAUGGAGUUGGCAAUGCUCUUUCUUGACCUCAUGCAUCACAUCCAUAUGCUGCUUUUCGGUAACAUCUGGCUGUCCAUGGCAAGCUUGGUCAUCUUUAUGCAGCUGCGAUAUCUCUUCCACGAGGUGCAACGUCGCAUCCGUAGACACAAGAACUACCUUCGUGUUAUCAACAACAUGGAGGCUAGAUUUGCAGUUGCCACUGCAGAGGAGCUGUCAGCGAAUGAUGACGAUUGCGCCAUUUGCUGGGACACCAUGGUGACAGCACGAAAGCUUCCCUGUGGUCAUCUGUUCCACAACUCUUGCUUGCGCUCUUGGCUGGAGCAGGACACCUCGUGCCCUACUUGUCGCACAUCCCUAAACAUCAAUGGGGAAGGCGAGCAGGCUGGAGACCAGCAGCCUGGGGUCCGCAUGGAGGAAGAUGCUGUUCCUGCGGGAGCCGCCGCAGAUCCGAGACCACACAUCAAUCAACACAAUCAUUUCUUCCACUUCGAUGGGUCACGCAUUGCCAGCUGGUUACCCAGUUUCUCAGUAGAAGUAAUGCACACCACCAAUAUCUUAGGGAUUGCUCAGGCAAACAACUCUCAGCUUACGGCUAUGGCCCAUCAGGUCCAGGAGAUGUUCCCUCAGGUGCCCUCCUACCUGAUCAUGCAAGACCUUCAGCUGACCCGCUCUGUGGAGGUAACCACCGACAACAUCCUAGAGGGACGUAUCCAGGUGCCUUUCCCUCCUCCGACACAGGCCAUUGAGCGUGGUGCAUUGCAGGUUAGUCCUGCACUCGAUGAGCAGGCGGGGCCCAGUGGAGCUGUCGCCGGCCCCGCGGAGGGCCUCAGCGUACCCGACAACACAGAAGCCCGAGGUGGUCGCUUCUCCAAGUCAGCUGAGGAAAGGCAGACGAUGUUAAAGCAGCGCAAAGAGGAACUUAUCCAACAGGCUCGCAGAAGAUACCUGACCAAGAGUCCAGAGGGGAGGGAUGAUGACGUUCCCAGCCUGGAGGACGAGGAGGAGGACUCUUUCUCAGUUGUAGACUCAACAACGCUGAGGCGUCGAUCCAUGGCAGCAGCCAUGGAGAGACGUAUGCAACAGGAUGCCGCGCCCUGAAAACCCAACCGCAGACUUCAACUCCUCAAAGGCAUGACGGUGUUAUUAACUCCUCCCCCCUCGUGAUGUACAGUAAAGUCGGCGACCGUCGUCAUCUCUCAGAGCGUAAUUAAUAAAGAGCAUCGCAAAUAUAGCCUUCAGACGCCAAUAUUGAGGUCGGACUAUUGGGACGGGCCUUGGCGUCACCGAUUGCAGCUAAACUACUGGGAGCUCAUGAUGGAGACGGCGUUUCUUUGACUGUACCGAAUUAUAAGAGUCAGUUCGUUAAAACGAUUUGUUCAAAAGAUUCACUCACAGAAUCAUUCAAGGGCUUCCUCCUUCUGUUGCUACAUCCCUGAGGUUCACUCAACAUAUUCUCCGAAGCACUAUGCGUUGUUGUUAUGUAUUUAUAAAACUAUGAGAGGUGGGAUGAUUUUAAAAAAAAAUCAUCACCUAACCAUCUCUCUCCAAACAAGCUCUCAAACACCCGGGUUCGGGUGUGAGUUUUGAAAAUGGGUGUAGCGAGUGCCGUUACCGCACAUACCCUUCCGAUUCCCCUUUACGUCCAGCCAGGCUCCGGCCGACCUGCAAGACUUUGGUGCCCCCCCCCCCCAUGGUGGAAAGCUUCGCUGACACCAGCACCCGCCACCCGGGCUUCCCGCUAACUAACCUUUACUGUUAGUCUUCUAGUAAGCAUAAACCGUUUUUCGAUGUCUUGAGAAACGCGAUAUGAGUUUAAUGUAUUAUUAUUGUUACACAAAAAAAGCUUUAGUAAUUGCAUUUGAGACACGUAUGUAUGUGUUAAUAUGUAUGUUUUUACUUUAAAUUUCUCAAUCUUUUCAAACAACUCUCCACUUAAACUCUCUGCUGAUGUUGCUUCAGUUUGCGAAUGAAACUCGUAUAUUGGUCUCCUGUU